AUGCUCCUUCAGUCGAGAAUCGAUCAAAACAGCUCUCUGAAUAUCAACUGCAGAUCUACGUCCAAAAUCAGCUCAGGAUGGACACCCCUCCAUCUGGCCUGUUACUCUGGACACAGGGAUGUUGUGGAGGAGCUACUCAAGGCAGGCGCUUAUGUGAACUUGCAGAAUAACAUGGGUGACACACCUCUACACAAAGCAGCAGCUACUGGAAGAAAGGAGAUUGUUCUGUUGCUGCUGCGGUAUGAUGCCUGUGCCAACAUAAUCAAUGGAACAGCUCAAAUCCCUAAAGAUGUCACGGAGGAUGAUGAAAUCAUUACCAUGCUGGAGGCUGCAGAGAGACGGGAGACAAGGAGACGGGAGGAGAAGCUUCUGGAAGCAGCCAGAGAGGGAGACAUCUCGACUCUGUCGAAAUUGCUCAGUGGAAAAGACGCUCCGGAUAUCCACUGCAGGGACUCGGUGGGGAAUACGCCUUUACACUGUGCCGCCUACAGGGGGCAGAAGCAGUGCAUUAUAAAACUGCUCAAGUCUGGAGCCAACCCUGGCAUCAGGAACAACACUGACCAGACAGCUUUGGACCUGGUUCGCACUGAUGAACUGAAGCAGAUUCUAGCAGCCUAUCAAGAUAAGGAUGUGAGCAGUGGGGUGCAGAAGAUUGAAGGCCCUCUUUGGAAGAGUUCACGCUUUCUUGGAUGGCGAUCCCACUGGGUGGUAAUUGAGAAUGGAACUAUGUCCUGGUACCCCAGACAAGCCGAUGCACUGACUGGUGUUAGAAAACAGGGCUGUAAGUCUCUCUCACAAGCCUACUGCAUGGUCAAACCGUGGGAUCAUUGCUUCUUCAUGCUCCGGUGCUUCGAUGAGACUGUGCAUUAUUUUAAGGUCCCCUCAAAGACAAACUCGGUGGCAACGAGAAAACGUUGGUUGGAUGCUAUUGAAGCACAUGCAUCCUAUAGCAUUCGCCACUGCGUCCGAGAGCAGAUGAUCUGCGAUGCAACUGAUGACAGCGGUGUGGCAGCGGGGAGCCUGACACAAGCUGUUCAGGCAGCCAGCAGCUACCAGCAGAAAUUGGAUACUGAAGUGUCGAUAUUUCUGUCCAUGGUGAAGAAUGAAGAGAAUUUCGGUAACACCCUGGCAGCUCCUCUUCUACUGAAAGCCCAAGAAACCAGUGAACUCGCCAGUGAAGCUUGUGAUGCUCUCCAUCUGUGCCUUGAGCUGCUGUCAAAACAAGAAGAGGUGUGGAGCCUGAAGGUCGAGCAGGAGGUGGAGAAGAACAAAGCUCUGACUGAAGCCUUGCAGACUUUGGCAACUGAGCACCAGGAACUCAAGCAGUCCUUGAGCAAGAGCAGGAGGUGGUCUACCCUCAGUACUCUCACUGGAGAUGACUUCUAUGAUGCUGUGUCAGAGUCCGAGUCGGAGCUCUCAGUGAGCGGCUUCCUGUCCGUGGCCAGUCUCUCCUGCGAAGAGGACGAGGGGAGAGACGCCCCCCUUCUCAACAGCCUCCGCCAUCCCAGCGCGCACAGGGGGCCUACCGGAAUGUCAGGGGAGGGUAACCAUGGCAACCAACCAGCCCAACACAAUGGAGUCAAGAAGCACAGAGCAUCUCUACCGGCUCCCAUGUUCUCCAGGAAUGACGUGAGCGUCUGGAGCAUCCUGAAAAAAUGCAUCGGCAUGGAGUUAUCAAAGAUUGCCAUGCCUGUGAUAUUUAAUGAGCCUCUGAGCUUCCUCCAGCGGCUAACAGAAUACAUGGAGCACACCUACCUCAUCCACCAGGCAAAUGCCACAACAGACUCUGUCGAGAGGAUGAAGUGUGUUGCAGCGUUUGCUGUGUCAGCUGUAGCAUCGCAGUGGGAGAGGACCGGGAAGCCCUUCAACCCACUACUGGGGGAGACCUAUGAGCUAAUCAGAGACGAUUUGGGCUUCAGAUGGGUGUCAGAGCAAGUGAGCCAUCACCCUCCGGUUAGUGCCUUUCACGCUGAGGGCUUCAAGGAGGAUUUUGUCUUCCACGGUUCCAUAUACCCCAAACUCAAGUUUUGGGGAAAGAGCAUAGAAGCUGAGCCCAAGGGAAUCAUCACACUGGAGCUGCCCAAAUAUAAUGAAGCCUACACCUGGACAAACCCCACCUGUUGCGUCCACAACAUCAUCGUCGGUCAGCUUUGGAUUGAGCAGUACGGCAACGUGGAAGUGAUCAAUCACAAAACCGGGGAGAGAUGCAGCAUGACGUUCAAACCCUGUGGCCUCUUUGGUAAAGAGCUCCAUAAAGUCGAGGGAUACAUCCUAGAUAAAAGCAAAAAGAAGCUUUGUGCAAUAUAUGGCAAAUGGACUGAAUGUCUAUACACAGUCGACCCCGCCACUUUUGAUGCCCACAAAAAGUCUGACAAAAAGAAUUCGGAUGAAAAAAAGGGCAACAAACAGUUCUACGCCUUCUCCACGUUCGCCAUGCAGCUAAACGAGCUGGAGAAGAGCAUGGAGGGAGUCAUUCCCCCCACAGACAGUCGCCUCAGACCGGACAUCCGCGCCAUGGAGAAUGGAGACAUAGAUCAAGCAAGCGCAGAAAAGAAGAGACUCGAGGAAAAGCAGCGGACGGCCCGGAAAAACCGCAGCAAGUCAACGGACGAGUGGAAAACAAGGAACCCUGCACUUGGUCCAAGGUGGUUUCAGCAAGGACCCAACCCACACAACAAAGCUCAGGACUGGCUCUACUUGAAAGGCUACUGGGACCGGAGUUACACUCAGCUGCCUGACAUUUACUAGAAAGUAAAACACACACACACACAGAGAUACCAUAUACGUGGAUUUUCCCCGUUUUUACCACCUUUUGAACUUCGUCUGCUGCGCUGGGGAUUGUGCUCCCAGCAUAAGCAACACAAUGUAGUGGAGUCAGUGUAGAACAACAGUUAGUGUUUGGGGUUCAACUUGAGGUAAAAAAAUAAAAAAAAUGCAGCGAACAACUGAAUGAACCCAGAGGCAUAUAAUCUUUAAUAGAUCUGUGUGAACAAUGAAGCACAAAAAAAACCUGUCUUUUUGCUUAUUUACUGUGGUUCUCGACCCCUUCGGUGAGGUAUCGGCAUGUACCGGAACAAGUAGAAUGCAUAUUAGAAAUAUUUCAUGUUAGAUAGAUGGAGUGUUUAAACGGCAGCCUGAGUUUUACUGUUUGUAGUUUGUCCAUAAUUCCUGCUUGGUCGUGAAAACAUAUUAGUCAUCAGCUUCGGAGAGGAGAGGAGGCGACAGCACUCCAAACAGCUUGGAUGGAGUGGAUGGUUUAUCCUAAGCAGCGCUGAUUGACACUUGUGCAUGCAUACUAAAAAAUGCAGUGCAGAGUAUUAAAUCAUUUUGGAACAUUUGCCUUUGUUUUCACUUCCCAGUACAACGAGUGGUGCAGAUAUUUGGUGUUUAAAUCAAUGUGUUCGCCUAAUUGCUUGUUUGCAAAAGGCUGCUACGACCGACUGUAAAUUUGCAUCUGUGUGUUUUCAAGACGGCAACUUAAAAUAUUACAUCUGACAAGAAUAAUGGCCAGGACUACGACAGUAACACUUAGGACUGAACAAUGCAAUGAUGAAUUAUCACUAAGCCCUGAACUGAGUACUGUAUAGAUGUGUAUAGAAGUCUACCCGACUCUGUAGACGGCACUUCUUUUUUUUUUUUUUUUUCUCCUCACUAUACUAAAGCAGGGACACUCGGUUCUGCACUUAAACAUUAGAUUUGUGUGUGCGUGUGUGUAAAAGUCUUGCCAUAGAUUAGUAUAAUUGGUGAUAUUCUUAGUGCUAUGUGCAUUGAUCUAAUUGAAAUCUAACUCUCACAGUAAACGCAUGUGCAUCACUAUAACUAUGCAAGCCUUACCUCCUUCACAAUCGAGCACUGAAUAUUAAUUUUCUCAUGUUAUGGAUAGCUGCUACGUGUAUACAUUUUAGCUGUUGUUUUUUUUUCUGUUAUCACUCUUUUGGGGUAUUAAUACAGAAUUUCUAUUGUUGCUAAAUAAAAGCUUAAUGUUAAUUGAA